AGGUCAUCUUUUCAUGAGCUGAUUUGUUAAAAAUUUCUCAAAUAAAGCUACAUUUGUUGGAGGAUCUUUUGACUAAAAUAAUAUAAAGGAUGUCGAACUUGGGACAAUUUGACUCCGACUUUUACCAAUCUAAUUAUAACAUUGAUAAUCAGGAGCAGAGUUAUAAUGAUUCUAAUGCCUAUGGAAAUCUUUAUGGAUCUAGAAAACAACAGGCCAGUGAGCGGCCUCAGCCUGCCUUCGUCCCACCAGAGAUGCUCGUGUCAUCAAGUUAUGCGGGACAAUUCUUUCAGCCAGCAUCCAACCAGGAUUAUUAUUCACCAUCUUCUUACGUUGACAGUUUUGAUGAAGAGCCUCCUUUACUAGAAGAACUUGGAAUUAACUUUGAUCACAUAUGGCAAAAAACUUUGACAGUGUUAAACCCACUGAAGCCAGCAGAUGGCAGCAUUAUGAAUGAAACAGACCUCACUGGGCCCAUCCUGUUCUGUGGGGUGCUAGGAGCUGCCCUACUUCUGGCAGGAAAAGUCCAGUUUGGUUACGUGUAUGGCACGAGUGCCAUUGGCUGCUUAGGUAUUCACGCCUUACUAAACUUGAUGAGCUCUUCAGGGGUGUCCUAUGGCUGCGUGGCGAGUAUUCUGGGUUACUGCCUGCUUCCCAUGGUCAUCCUGUCCAGCUGUGCCAUCUUCUUUUCACUGCAGGGCACCUUUGGAACUGUGUUGGCACUGGUCAUCAUUGGCUGGUGUAGUCUCUCAGCCUCCAAAAUUGUCACUUCAGCCUUGGCCAUGGAAGGACAGCAGCUUCUCAUUGCCUACCCUUGCGCCUUACUUUAUGGACUUUUUGCCCUCCUAACAGUUUUCUGAAGAUUAUUUGAGAUGGCAUUACAGGAUUCUAUUUGUUUGUCGCUCAUAUUAUCCUGGAAAUGUAUUGGCAUACACAUUUGGUCAUAUGAUUUCUGUUUUAUCGCUGUUGAGAGAAUAAUAAGCAGAGACAAAACAGCACUUAAGGAUGGGGCUCUAAUAGGCUCUUUGGUUUGAAUGAUGAUUUGCUUUUUGGUUGGUGUAUUAAAACAAUUUAAAAUACUUUAAAAUAAAAAGGGAUAUAGUUGUUGCA